UCAAGUUCCAUAAAGGCCACCAUUACGCAUUAAAUGGUCUGUGACUCACUCUGGUGAAGAUUGAACAGUAUAUGCCGUGACUCAGCAGAUGCUUAGUUUCACACAGCAGAUCAAAUAGGCUGUAAGAGAAAGUGUACAGGAGUCGCCUACAUUUUGCAGCAGGUGCGCCUCUGUGGUUUGCUUUUGCUGCGCCGGUGAUGGCAUUUCUGUCCGUCCUGACGCCGGUACUGGUGGCCGUCCUGUGCGGGCUAGUAGCCUUGUUAUUCAUAUAUCCACGGAAAACGGUAACGGCAUCCCGUGAGCAAACUGAAGGAGGAUCAAAAGCAGAGUCCAAGCGCGCCAGCAACGGCAGACCUUGGGUGGAUCAGGAUUUGGAAGACGACACAGAAGUCACAGCAAAAGAUGAAGAGGAGGAUGAUUGGGUGGACAGCAAUGAGGAGAACAUUCCCCAUGUGCCCUACUCACCACUGCGUUACCCUGUUGAAAAAAUGUUGGAGAGGUCCCAGGAAUUUUAUGCUCUGAUGAACCAGCGGAGGACUGUCAGAUUCAUCAGCCCUGAGCCGGUGCCACGGGAUGUCAUAGACAAUGUUAUCCGCACAGCAGGUACUGCCCCUAGUGGAGCGCACACAGAGCCAUGGACAUUUGUUGUGAUCUCAGAUCCAGAGACCAAGCACCAGAUCAGGCUGAUAGUGGAGGAGGAGGAGGAGGUCAACUACCGCCAGAGGAUGGGGGACAAGUGGGUCAGGGACUUGGCCAAGAUAAGGACAAACUGGAUUAAAGAGUACUUGGAUGUUGCUCCAUAUCUGAUCCUCAUCUUCAAACAGACCUAUGGGAUUCUACCCAAUGGCAAGAAAAAAACUCACUACUACAACGAAAUUAGUGUCUCCAUAUCCUGUGGAAUCCUGUUGGCGGCAUUACAGAAUGUGGGUCUUGUCACCGUGACAUCGACGCCCCUCAACUGCGGCCCCCAGCUCAGGCUCCUUCUCAAACGGCCAGCCAAUGAGAAGCUUCUGAUGCUGCUUCCUGUAGGUUACCCCAGCUCUGAUGCCAUGGUGCCUGACUUCAGACGCAAGCCCCUGGAAGACAUCGUGCUGCACAUAUGAUGUAAUUUCUCUGCAAGGCUGAUAGAGAGCAUUUUCAAAAAAGUGGCCCCCUUUUGCUUUGUCACUAUUUUUCUACGACUGAAAUAAUAAUAAUUAAGGGCCAAAUAAAAUCAGACUGCUGAUAAUUUACUAGUGAAUUAAAAGAAGCCAUUGUAGGAAAAAAAAAAUCAGGAGCCUGGUAGAAAAAAAGUUGGAUAUUCUCUGAGAUUAAUGUGGUAAAUUUUUGAGAAAAAAAAAAACACAUUUAUGAGUAAAAUACUUUAAAAUGUAGUGAUUAGAAAGUAGUUCUUUCCUUUUUUUGGUCAAGGAACCACAUUGCUCACUUAGCUGAAUCUGGCUUAUUGCUAUAUAGUCUAAGUACUGUGAUUUGUAUGACUUAUGUAUGUAGCCAAUAUUUCUGUCCUUUAAGCAGCACUUUGUACAAAGAUGAGACACAUGUUUUGAGUAUGAAAAUGUAAAAUGUGAUUAGAAUCUUUGCAAAUCCAACAAAUUAAAUGGAUUGCUAAUCAGUAGCUUUACUGAUUAAACUGAAACCAAAAGAAUCACUGCAGCCACAAGUACCUCUAAUGCAUGUUUAUGCAUUGUCUUUCAAGUUUGCAUUAUCCACUACAACUGCUACUAUGAACUAGCCAGUGUCAAAUCAACAAGGUUAAAGAUAAGACUUCUGGUGCUGCCCUUUGAAAUAAAACCUAAAUAGACAA